UCAGGUGAGUGUACAUGAGGGAUACAGGGCUCAGGUGAGUGUAUAUGUGGAGCAUUGUAAUAUUACAACUUCGUUGUGCAGUGCUAAACUGUGACCAUAUUUAUAUGAUCUAUGAGUACAGGUGAGUGUAUGUGUGUGACGUGUCUAAUAUUACAACUUUCUUGCGUAGUGCUAAAAAGCUAAAAUGGGACUAUAUUUAUAUGAUCUAUGCAGGUGAUGUUAAGACGGAAGUCACACUUAAUGCUGAACAAACAAAUGAUCUGUAUGUAAAGAGUCAGCAGGAAGCUGUGAAGCAGGAAAUAAGUGACAAUAUCAGUACAGGUGAAAAUGAUGCUAAGAUUUCAUGUAACACGGAAAAAACAGAAGAUCAGUGGCUAAGAAAUACGCCAGAACCAUCAAAGCAGGAAAUAUGUGACAAUAUAGGUAUAGGUGAAUUCACAAACUGCAAUAAUCCUAGUCAUGAUCAGAGUGCAGAUUUUGGGAAAUGUUUUCUUAAGAAAUCACAUCUAAAAAUUUAUACAGGAGGAAAAGGAUUUUCAUGUUCUGGCUGUGGGAAAUCUUUUACUAAGAAAUCAAAUCUUUUUACGCAUCAGAAAAUUCAUACAGGAGAAAAAGAGUUUUCGUGUUCUGGCUGUGGGAAAUGUUUUACUAACAAAUCAAAUCUUAUUAUGCAUCAGAAAAUUCAUACAGGGGAGAAAGCAUUUUCAUGUUCUUACUGUGAGAAAUGUUUUACUCAGAAAUCAAAUCUUAUUAUGCAUCAGAAAAUUCAUACAGGAGAGAAAGGGUUUCCGUGUUCUGGCUGUGGGAAAUGUUUUACUAAGAAAUCAAAUCUUAUUAUGCAUCAGAAAAUUCACACAGGGGAGAAAGCAUUUUCAUGUUCUGACUGCGGGAAAUGUUUUACUCUGAAAUCAACUCUUCUUACGCAUCAUAAAACUCAUACUGGAGAGAAAAGAUUUUCAUGUUCUGACUGUGGGAAAUGUUUUACUCAGAAAUCAACUCUUAUUACGCAUCAGACAAUUCAUACAGGGGGGAAAGGAUUUUCAUGUUCUGACUGUGGAAAAUAUUUUACUUGGAAAUCAACUUUUUUUAGGCAUCAGAAAACUCAUAUUAAAAUAAAUCAGAGCUUAACCUCCUAAGUGCAGAGGGUGGCAUGUAGUUGUCAAUCACACAAUACCAAGUGCUCAUGAUGACUGCAUGUGACCCCCUGGGGCGUGCAGUUUUGGAGCUGUUUGAGGCCCCUUCUGCACCUCAAGUGUUUAUGAGGUGACUCCAUUUGAUUUAAAUCAAAUUGAUUUAACUCAUGAUUUAAAUCACUAGGCAGUAAGACUGAUUUAAAUAAUGGUUUUAAUUUU